AUGCAUUCACGUGGUUCGAGGAGGCCGUCUAGUGACGAUACGAGCCAGUGCCGUGUCUUUGCUCCGUACUCCUGUCCUUCACCUGUGUUUGUCGGGACUGGUUUCAUUGAGACUACGAGUCUUCAAUCUUUUGUCGACAGUCUCGAAUCUUGGAUCAAACGCGACCAAAAGCUGCGUUUUUCUACAAAGGCUAUCGUCCUCAAGGUUCUCAAGGAUGCCUUGUGCGAUGCGUCUCCGACUCCGACUUGUUCUACGCGGCACUCUAUAGACUUGGCGGAUCUUCAGCAGUGUACUUGUGGGCAUAAUUCGGAGCAGAACAUGGCAAGAGCCCAGAGGGCAAAGGUCUCGGACGACAUUCCUGAAAUCACGUUUUCUCAAUCGAUUCGUCGCUACUUUGGACGAAGUGAUGGUGCUCACCACUCUAAUACCGUCAACGCCGCAACCACGAUUCAAGAUGACCAGCCACGGAUUCUCACCUCUCCCUCACCAAGCGGCGUGCGUCUUCGACUAUGCGAUGGAUUCCAAGUCUUCUACUUGCUCACGUACAUGUACAUGAGUAACCCUCAUCGGUUGAAGUUUAGCCAAGUCACGACGGUUUACUCGCGUAUCAUCCCAUUCAACUUUUCCUUUGACGAGCUCCUACUCUUGGGCGGCAUCGAUCCAUCCGACCACUUUUUCCUAACCUCACCAAGCGUCGACACAUGGCGAGAUUCUCUCGUCAUUCUAGGCGUAUUGGCCAAUGACGGUUCAGGUUCAGCCAAGGCGUUUGCACGGCUACGGGAGGGUGUCGUCUGUUACCUUCGCAUCUUCCCGUCCCUACUCGACGGACCGUUGGAAAAGCAGCUGCCGUGCAGGAAUUCGCCAGACAUUGCACUCACUGAAGCGUUUCGCAAGCUCACGGCGAAUCUCAGGAUGAUGCGAAACCCGAACAGCUGUCUGUAG